UUCAAAUUCAACCUUGGGAUAAAUUAGAGAAAAUAGCCAUUUUUGUUUGACGCCAACCGCCGGUGAAUGAUUUUACAGAGUUUAUUAACAUUUGCUAUGUACGUAUUAUUCUACUCGUUGAAAACCGAAUAUAUUUUUUGUGAAAAUUGUGAUUUUUUAUUUUAAUUAAAAUAAUGAAUAAUAAGGAAUUUAACCCAAGAAUUGAAUUUCUCAAAGGAUUUAGUAAAAUUUACAGCGAUAAAGGUAUAACAAAGGAAGAAUAUCUUCUUUUGUAUCAAAAAACAUACGAAAUUUGCAAUGUUAGAAGUGAAAUUAACUAUAAAAAUAAUCCCCCAAGCAGUGAGUUUUAUUUAAAAAUAAUAAGUCUACUGGUCGAGCAUGUAAUAAGUCUACGUACGAAAAUUCAGAACUUAACAGGCGAGGAUUUAUUGAAAGAAUAUAUCAAAAUAUGGGAACAGUAUCGAUUCAGUUCAAAAGUUUUCAAUGGCAUUUGUUCUUAUUUAAAUCGUCUCUGGCAAUCAUUGGAAGAUACCAGUGGAGAAGAAGAAAUUUUUAAUGCUUAUAAAAUAGCAAUGUACUGUUGGAAAAAUCAGAUUUUUAUUUUUCUCCAUAAAAAGUUGACGCAAAUAAUUCUCGAAUUAAUAAAUGACGAUCGUAGGGGAAAAUGUAUUAAUAAAAUUUUAGUGAAAAAUAUUCUAAAUUCUUAUGUGGAAUUAGGAUGGAAAAUUGAUGAUUUACGUGAAGCUGUGAUAGAUAUUUCAAUUUAUAAAAUGAAUUUUGAAACAAUUCUCUUAAAAGAAACGGAGACAUUUUAUAAAUGUGAAAGCAAAGAACUUUUACGUCACAAUUCACUUGUUGAUUAUAUGAAAAAAAUUGAAAAUAGAUUAAAAGAUGAGAAGAUUCGAAUAAAAAGUUAUCUACCACCAUGUUCAUUUGUGCCAUUAAUGGAACUUUGCAUAAAAGUUUUUAUCAAAGAUUGUCAAAAUAUUUUUGAAUCUGAAUUUAUCAAUUUAUUGGAGGCAAAAGAUUGGAACUCUUUGAAAUUAAUGUUUCAUCAUCUCACAAGAGUUGAGAAUGGUUUUGAUGUAAUAUGCAAAAUUUUCGAAGAUUACAUUAAAAAAGACGGUUACUUGGCAUUUAGUAACAUUCCAACUGCUGAAUCAAAUAAUGCGAAAAUAUUUAUCAACACUGUUCUGACUGUUUAUAACAAAUAUAAGGAGAUUAUCAAAAAUUCUUUCCAAAGUAAUUAUAAAUUUUUCGCCACAUUAGAUAAAGCGUGUCAAGCAUUUGUUAAUGCUAAUUCUCUAUCGAAAAAAGGAAAGGAUAAUAGCAAACCUGCUAUAUUGUUGGUGAAAUAUUGUGAUAUGAUCCUAAGGAACAAGAGAAAUAAAGAAGAGGAAUAUUUUGAAAAUGCUCUCAAUGAAUGCUUAAAAGUAUUUUACUAUUUAGAUGACAAAGAUGUAUUUGAGAGUAUUUAUGGAAAAAUGUUGACUAGAAGAUUGGUUUAUCAAUUAUCGGCGAGUGAUGACGCAGAAAUUUUAAUGAUUGAAAAAUUGAAGAAAGCCUGUGGUUAUGAUUUUACGUCAAAACUUCAACGAAUGAUACAGGACAUUCAAGUAUCUAAAGAUUUGAACCAAAAAUUUAAGAAACACAUAAAAGAAAAUGAAAUUAAAUUGAAUGUUGAUUUUUCGAUUCAAGUUUUAACAUUCAAUACUUGGCCAUUGGAGACAAAUUUUACUUUCUCAUUGCCAGCAGUGUUGGAAAACUCUGUACAAAUGUUCACGAAUUUCUACACCUCUGAACAUUCCGGAAGAAAAUUAAAAUGGUUACAUAACACUUCGUAUGGAGAAAUUUAUGCGUAUUUUAAAAAACGAUAUUCUUUUCAAGUUUCGAUAUUCCAAAUGGGAAUAUUAUUGUCGUUUAAUAAUUCCCUCGAGUGGACAAUGCAGCAAUUGCAAAACAUCACGCAGUUAGAUAUGAACUAUUUAAUUCAGGCGAUACAGAUUUUUCUCAAAGCUGAAUUGCUUAUGGUUAAAGAAGGAGGCGAGGAAAAUUUAACACCAGCUUCGACUGUUAAACUUGUUACUGAUUAUAAAAACAAUAAAACAAAUGUGAAUUUCAUUCAACCGAUUAAAUUGGAACUAAAAUCGGAAAUUGAGUCAACACAUAAGAAUACAGGAGUGAAGAGAAAAAUUAUUAUUCAAGCGACGAUAAUCAGAAUUAUGAAGCAGAGAAAAAGUUUGGAGCAUCGAAAACUUAUGAUGGAAGUUAUUAAUCAUUUGAAAUCGAAAUUCAUGCCAAAAUCUUCCGAUAUUAAGGAAUGCAUUACUAUUUUGAUAGAAAAAGAGUAUCUGGUACGCAGAGGUCAUAAAAACGAUACGUACGAUUACCUGGCGUGAUUUGUUGAUUGAGGACAACGAAGUGGAAUCAUAACACGCUAUUCAAAAGCUAACUUCAUCGGACGUGAACCCACCGCAUAUAAAAGUAUUUCUUCGGUUUGUAAAUAGUAGUUUAGAAACUUAAUUAAUUUAUUUUUGAAAAUAUGUAAAAUAUCGAUUUUUACCAGGCAAGUUGAAUAGAAAUUUUUCAUUCAAAUUUA